AUGCACGAGCAGCCGCCCAACCACGAGUGGAAGGAUGCCGAACGCAUGCCAUGCACUGCUUCCCCGUCGAAGCGGCGGACCAUGUCGAUUUCCGCCUAUACCGGUGCAGGCGCAGGCGCAGUCACGGGGUCCGCCCGUGAAGACGUGACUGUGGCCGAGGCGCAGGUAGGGUCACAGGGACUCACAGCACAUGGGAUGGCAUACUCACCCACCACGGGACACACUCCCAUCCCGACUUCACACCAAACAACACACCAAACACCACCCAUGAGCCCAUUGGACCUCACCGACCAGGAGAUCCACACCGAAAUCUACCAAUAUAUCAACGAGAACAUGGAUCCCGUUGGUAUGCAGCAAGCGUCAUGGUCCUUUCAAUACGCGGAUGAGAAGCCACCCAUCACACCAGACUCACUCGCGGAAUUGGACAUGCCACGCAUCAUCAACAACCCAAAACUCCGACACGAUGUCAACUUUGAUCGGGAGCUUCACUUUCGGCCGAAUCUGGACGGAUCAAAAGGCAAGCAGAAGGUACAGCAGGCCGAUCAUUAUUGGAAGGCACUCGAGGCGGAGCUCGUCAUCCAAGGCUUGGUGCACAUGCGCAAGGCACAGGCGCCGGAGAAUGAGGCGUAUUGGAAUCGCAUCAUGCAUGCCUCCUUGAUACGACUGCCUCAAAUAUUCACCGCCAUCCGCGACAUUCUCAAGACAUUGGUGCCCGACUUUGACCAAAAGUCGGUGCAGGAGCGAUUGGACGUGGACCACAUCAUGCAACAGAUUCAGAAUGGAGUGUGCGAUCUGAUCGACCUCGGUAAUUGGCUGUCAAAGGUGCUGAAGAAUCACUGCGCACCCAUGCGUGACCCACUCGUCGACAGCAUGCAGAAGGAGCUGAAAAGGGGAGCCAUGGAGGGCGAUUAUGCCAAGUUGGUUCGAGGAUUGAGGCAGUUGAUGACUAUACUGGAAGCGAUGAAGCUGGACGUGGCCAACCAUCAGAUUCGACACAUGCGGCCACUACUGAUUGAUGAUACCAUCAACUUCCAGCGCCGGUACAAUGCGCAUCGUGUCGCCAUUGGUAAGAUCAACCCAUCAGAAGCUAGAAACUGGCUGCGAGAUGAGCUGGACAGCGCCGAGGCCGAAGGUCAGAUGGCACCUACGCCUCUACAAGCAUUGACUGCGGGACUUCUCCGCGACCUCCUCUACAACGAUCCCUCAUCGAUGUGUCCCCAAACAUUCUACCUCGACGCAGAUAGACUGAGAGCUCUUCGGGUGGAGCUUCAUUCACGCGURUACCACGCCAUCUGUCGCGAGAUUCUCCGUGAAGUGUCCAGUCCGGGAGUUGGCCCAACAGAUAUGACCAAAGCGUAUGACGUCCUGCAGCGAUCGAUCACGGCGAUUGUAGGUACCUCGGGAAGGUUUUGCGACAAAAAGGACAACAUUGCGGUUGAGAUUGUGCGUGUUGCCCUCGUGGUCGAGGGUCGUUACCCACCCUUUGACGCCAACCUCCUCGGCUUGGUGGAGCAGAAGCUGAGCAACUACCUUCGACCGGAUUCUAGCGCUUUUAGACAAGGCGCCAUGGCACUCUUCGAACGACUUGUGCCCAAACUUCAGACACGCGUCAAGGAUAACGCGCGCUUCUCCGCUCUGGAUCUGCAGGAGAUUCUUGUGCCGAGUGUGGGCAAGCCACCGAUGAUGUUUGGYCAGCCCAUCACAGACGUCGACGAGGAUAUCGUCCGCCGGUUUGCCCACAUCAUCAUCUUGCAUUGGCAAGUAUGGGCCGAGCUCGUCUAUCUUGCGAUCCCGGCCGUCGAUCAUGAAUACGAGAGCUCAUCGGAUGGAGGGAGUGAUGGCAAUGGCCUGCUCUCUUCUGCGGGAUGCUCCCCUACAAUCCCCGUUGCACAAGCAUUGUAUGCCCCCGGACGAAAGUGGUUGCCGGUUAGUGUCAMCGUUACUGACGUUCCGAGUGGAAUACCUACACCUCCGCAGCGACAAUCUGAUGAUUCCACGUCGCCUCCGGAUAGUGGGGAGCCAGGGAACGAUCGACAAUACUCUUGA